AUUUUUCAGAUGUUUCUUUAAAUAUAAUAAAGCUAAUAAACAUCGUAGUUAAAUAAUCAAUUUUAACAGCGAAAAAAUGGUAGUAAUAAAAUAGAAAAUAAGCUAUUAAACUCAGUAAAUCAGCAAAUUCAAUAGAUAUAGAAGCCAUUUGUAGGCAAUUUUAACAGUAAUUAUAAUGGAUUCAAUGAUGAACUAGCUGAUUACACUUCAUAAUAUUCAGAUUAAAGUAAUAAAUAAGAAAGGAUUAAGCUCCCAAGUUAGCCUAAUUUUAGUAAUACAAAGCAAUUUAAUACUAAAAUUCUUCAUGAGAUAUAAUCGCCUUUAUCUGAUAGAGAAAAACUUAAUUGCGAAUUAUUAUUUAAAGCGGUUUCCUAAAUAUAAUAUGAUGUUGUCGAAAAUCUCUUAAAGCGAGAAAGAAUGAGUCCAUUAUUGAAAGAUUUUGAUAAAAAUACUCCACUUCAUAUCUGUAUGCAAAAUUUUUCAAAGGAUAUUUAUUUAUCUGGCAAAAUAGCAAAAUUACUUUUGGAUUAUGGCGCUAAUCCUAAUUGUAGAAAUAAGGAGGGAUGGUGUCCUAUUCACUUGGCUGCAAAAAAAGGAUCUCUUAGUGCUAUAAAAUUUGCAGUGGCUCAUAAUUUAUCUAAACUAUAAAGCAAUUUAGACGGUUAAAAGAAUAAAAAAUCAGAUCAAACAUCACUUAUAGCUACAGGAUAAAAAGGGUUAAGUAAAGAAGAAGACGAUUCCUUAAGCAUUAGUUAAAUAAAGCCUAAACAAUAAAAUUUAUAGUUAUUCAAUUUGAAGAAAAAGGGUGGACCUCAAAAGUGGAGUUUACUUCACAUUGCAGCAAAUCUUGGUCACGCUUCUAUGCUAGAGUUUUUAUAUUAGAUUAACUACGAUAUGACAACGCAAAACAUAAUGGGAUAAUAAGCACGAUAAGUUGCAAUUUAAUCUCUUAUUCUCCAUAAAUUACUGAAAAAAUAUGAGAAUCUCUGGGUAAAUAUGGCUAUUUUUAGUGAUGAUGAGAUGGCUUAGGGAACAGGCUAUUUAAAUUAUGGAGGAGUUAUUGAUCAGGUUUCAAAUGCUCCUUUUUCUGCUUUCUAAGAGUAUCAGCAACAAUAAAUAUAUGCAAAAUAAAAAGACAGCAAUAACGAAAAAAGAAAUGUUUAAAACUUAAAAAACUUAAUUGAGUAAACAAUGAAAAAGAAGAAAAGCUUUUUAAAUAGCUCAAAUUUUUCUUCAAUAGACGAUGUUUAUGAAAACUAAGAUAUUUCGUAUGGCAAUUAACAAAGGAAGCUAAGUAAUUUCAAUAAUGAUCAUAGCUUGGCUAAUAACUAGUAUAAAAGCAACAAUUACGAUGAAUCAUAUUUAAAGUAUAGCAGUGGAGGUAAUAAUCUGAACUAAGGAGGAAGUAAUUAAAACUUAUUAAAUAAGGGAAACUUUUAGAACAAAAGCAACAAUUACAGUUUUUUGACAAAUAAUUCUAAUUUGUAAGCAACGUAGAAAAAAAUUGAAGGAUAAAUAAACUAUAAUGGCUAUGGUAAUAUGAAUAAUGUUUCUUAUAAUUAAUAGCAUAAAAAGCUUUUAGAUAAUUCAUAAUUUCAUUUAAAAAAUGAAAAUGAAGAUGAUUUUGCUUUAGAUAUUCAGCCAGAAAAUACUGAAGAAGAUCUAGAAGCAACUAAUGGUAUCUAUUAAAGAGAAGGUACAUUUAAAUUGAAUUCAAGCAAUCGGAUUGACGGGAGCUAAAAAAUAGCUGAAAAUAAGUUUCUUUAAAUUUAACAUAAGGAAACAGAGUUAACGGAACAUGAAUUUGAGGAGUGCACUUACGAAGAAAAGAAAGCAAAAGAUAAUAAAUUUGAUGAAUAAUUCUCUUAGAAUGCGAACUCUUCGUCUAAUUAGAUGGUAGGUCAUUAAAGAAAGAAAGCUGAUUGGAAUAUUUUCAAUCAAAGAAAAUAAAAGGAAAUGCAAAUAGCAUAGCAGCUUACUUUAGAUAAAUUCCUCAUAGAGAUUUAAAACAUUCAGAAUUUAAUUAUUGCUUUUUCUGCAACUUUCAAAUAAAAUAGCAUUAAUUAAUAGAAUUUAUCUUCCACUGCUAUGGAUAAUAUGAAUAUUCCUUUUGUAUUGCAAAAGCAACUUCCAAACACUACCAUGGCAAAAUCUCCUUCUUAUAACUAAUUAUUCUGUUCAAACUAAAGUAGUAAUUACUAAACACGAUAAGUUAGGUCGAACUCUAAAGUAAUUGAUUCUUAGUGGUUAACUCCUCUUCCAUCUCAUAGAUAAAAUAACAGCAACAUUUCAAACUUGCGCUAAAAUGAACCUUGUGACCUUUCUUCUGUUGAAUCAAAUGAUUAACAAAACUAUUUAAACAACAAUUACUCAAAGUUGCCUGAAACUUUAAAACUGAUUAAUUAUCUACAAUUGAUUCAUUUAAAGCUUAUCUAUAUGGAUUAAAUUCACUUUUAGAGCGAAGUUCUGCCAAUGAACAUUUAUAUUUUAAGUGAAUUUCUAAGUUUUGACAAAAGUAGCUCUAGCUCUAAAGAUGCUUUGAAAAAGUAAAGUUUGAUUAUUCCAAAUAUCCUUUAAGAAUUAUUUGAGCAAUUUAUAUAAGUGCUCAGAAAUAGUUGCUAUUAUUAAGGAGAAAUAAACUUAGACUCUAUAUAGGUCUCUCCAAGAAGUAGGAUGUAGAGCUUUUCAGAAGUAUAAAGCUAACAAGCAGCUCAAUCAGCAUUUCGUUCAAAUUACCAUUUAACAAGCUAAAAAUAGCCUCAAAAUUUCAAAAACUCUCAGAAUAUUACACCUCAAUCUUCACCCUUUUAAAGGACUGCCAAUUCCCCUCAUUUAUCGAAAUCUCCUUUUUAAAAUAGAACAAAAGCAACUCCGAAUAGUACCUGUAUAAAAACAAACAUUGUGUAUAGCAAAUAUUUUAAUUAGAAUAGCGUGAGCAGAAAUGCUUCUAAAUCGCCCUCGUGCAUUUCUCUUAACUCUUCAGUUAAUUCGGAUUCUUAAUGCUCUGAUAAUGAAGAUAGUGUUGACACUAAACCAAUGACUUCACUCGAGAUAUUUGAUUGCUUAAUCAGACUCCUUAGACUUUUUGAGGUCUUCAAUUUUAAAGAAGCUAAGUAAAAGAUACUAUCUUCUUUUUCAAUAAAAAUAAAAAGUCCAUAUCAAUACUUUAAAAGUGAAGAACCCUUGAUAGUCAAGGAGCGUUAGAGAUCUUUUUCUCCUUUUUCAAUUGUUCAAAACUAAGAUGAUGGCACUCCAAAUGGCAAGAGACGAGAUAUGAAUAAAAGACAAGGUGCGUAUAAUUCGUAUUCUCCAUUCGGUAGAUCAAAUAAUAAUUACACUUUGAAAGAGUAAUAUGUAAAAUGCCACAAAGAAGACCACUACUCUGAAAAAAUUCUUUAUGAUUUUGAAUCUCUGUAAACCUUUGAAUAUCUACAAGCUAAUUUCGCAUUUAAUCAAAUUCAAUAACCUUAUCACCUUUUAGUCAACCAAAAACAAUCUGUUUCACCAUAACCGAGAUAAACAAAUAUAAAUUAAAACAACAAUAUAAAAUUUGUAGAAAUGCAAAGGGGAUAUCAUUAAUCAAAAACUACAAUAAGUUCUCCUAUCAAUAAACUUGAGAAUAAUGUUAGUCCUGUCUCAUACAAAAAUGAUGUUAGCCUCAACUAUUUUCCUGCAACUAAGACACUUAAUUUAAGCUAAAUGCAAAUAGCAAACGACCAAUCAUCCUAAAAGUCAACUAAUCUAACUAGUGAAAAUAAUAAAAGCAUCCUAAACCACUAACGAGCUUUAUCACAAAACAUAAGACACGUCAAUAUAAAUAACUACAAUACAGAUAAUACUUAUAAUAAAGCUGCAACAAAUAACAAAAGAAAUGUUAGUCAAAUCAGCAACAAUAACAUUUAAAGUAGCCAAAUAGAAAAGAGUAAUUUAAAUAUCUUUAAGAAUGAUUCCUCUACAAUUUCUUUAAUAUCAAACUAAUCAAACAUAGAACAGACUUCUUUUCCUUAACAAAAGUAAAAUGAAAACUAAGCUAGCAAAAAACUAAAUGGUAUUUUAAACAAUAAUAAUAAUAAUAAUUUUACUAAAUAGUAAUAAAUUUUAAAGAAUAAUAAUCCCAAUGAAUCUCUAGAAAUCAGCAUAGAUUAGAUAAAUCAAAAAGAAUAAAAGUUAAAUGACCUUCAGAGAAUUAAUGGCAUGCAGAUCCCUAACAUACGUAUGCUAAAUACAUCUUAGAACGAAAAACGUAAUCCUUAAACAUUUUAAUCUUUGUUAAACGAAUAAAGAGGAGGAUACAAAACAGAAGAAAACUUAAAUGCUAGAUAGAUCACUCCUAAUGCUUCAUUUAUAAAUACAAAUAAUAAUAAAGACUUAAGCUUUUCUCAAAUAUCAAUGAGUCCUCUAUUGAACAAAUCAAAUCUGAUAAGAAACGGUUCAAGUAACUCAUUCAUUAACUAAACUAAUUAAUCAUUUAUCAACUAACCUAACAUAUUUAACAGUACAAAUAUUUCUGCUAUUGAAAAACAAUAAAAUUUUUCUUAUACUUAAUAAACUAAUAGCUUCAUUUCAAUGCAAUAAAAUAAGCCAAUGCUCAACUAGAACUAAUAAUAUUUCCAAACAAAAAAAGAUAAUAAUAAUUACAAUACAAAAUAAUUACAAGAUUCAAAUAAAAAUUUUAAUCAACCAACCCUGAAUAUCAUAGAUACAAAUAAAAUGGCAAGCCAAUGGCUUAAUUCUAAACAACAAUAAUUAAAUAAUACAAUGAGCAAUAACAACUAAAACAAUAAGUUGGAAAAUUUUAGCAAUUAAAAUAUUAACAGAUAAAAUGUAGCUGCUAUAUAUCAAAUCGACUUAAGAUAGUUCAACAAAGAAAAGUAAUUCUAAGGUCCCUAAAUGGUGUAAGAAUCAAAUAAAUAAUUGUAAGGAGAUAUUGGUGAAGAUGAUUUGGAAUCUAAAAGAAAUCUGCUUAGUACAUUCCAAGCAUCUAAAAAUGCUUAAAAAUAAGUUUAGACCUAAUAGUAGUACUACUCUAACCCUCAAUAAUCUUUUCAAAGAUAAUUACCAAACACAUUUAACAAAUAAAUUCAGCAAUAUACCUAAAAUUUAAAUUAAAAUAACCAAUCAAAACCUAAUUAGUAAAAAUAAAUACUUUCUAAAAAUGUACAAAUGAGAAAUAAUACUUUGCUAGGAGAAGAAAACGUUACUGACGACGAAGAAUACAACGAUGAAGUCAAUCAAAAUAAAUUAUAGAACUCAGAAAGUAAUAAAUACAGAGCAGCAAAAGAAUUAAUUAGUCCAUUUACCAUUAAACAAAACCUUGAAAAAUAUUAAAUUCAAUGA